CUUCUCAGUCAAUAAGUUAUUUCUGUCCUGGCUGUAUAUAAGAGCACCAAAUCCUUUUUUUUUGUUCUUUUAAAAAAAAAUAAAUGGGGAGGGAUUUGAAAAAUAUGCUAGACCGUUCAAAGUGUACCAAUGUCCCACACUGCGCGAAUGCUGCUCCAACUGUCCGCUGCAACAGUUCGAGUGCACCCACAAAGGAAAUGGGCCAUGACGCAGACAGGCAUACCGACGAAGAAAAACGGCCAGAGUUGGAAGCAAGGAGCAUGAACAACCAGGAAAAGGAAGAUGACUGCACCGAUAAUGAGGACGACACCCACACACUUGAUGACGAUGAUGCUCGUGACGAGGAGGGCCAACGCGCCGACGAGGAAGUAGGUAGAGCUUCCACGCGGCUUAGUAUCCGCAGAUCAAAGUCGUCCUGUCGAGAUCCUGGGCCGCCACCUGACGGAGGUCUCACCGCAUGGACGCAAGCCGUCAUGGCCCAUUUGGUCGUUUUUGGCACCUGGGGUUACAUCUCGUCUUUUGGCGUUUUUCAGACGUACUAUGUCGAAACGCUCGGCCAUGAACCAUCGGAUAUAUCCUGGGUGGGAUCCGUCCAGAUUUUCCUUCUCUUCUUCGUCGGGACAUUUUCUGGGCGAGCCACAGAUGCUGGGUAUUAUAGACACAUCUUCGUUUUUGGAACCACCCUCCAGUUGCUCGGCAUGUUCACGACAUCUCUGUGCACUAAAUACUGGCAGCUAUUCCUAGCGCAAGGCAUCUGUACCGGUAUUGGUGAUGGGCUCGUCUUCUGCCCCACAAUAGCGCUCUUGGCAACAUAUUUCUCCAAGAAUCGAGCGCUCGCGCUUGGCAUUUCGGCGUGUGGAACUGCUACCGGAGGGAUGAUCUUGCCGGUGGUUGUGCAGCAACUGCUUCCUAAGAUUGGAUUCGGCUGGACCGUACGCGUGAUUGCUUUUAUUGUUUUGGGAACGCAAAUGACGGCAUUUGCAUUUACGAGGACUCGGCUUCCACCACGUAAAUCCGGAGCUUGGGUUGAAUGGGGGGCAUUUCGUGAGCUGCCCUAUGCGCUGUUUACCCUUGGCAUGUUUCUCUGCUUUUUGGGGUUGUAUUUUGCCUAUUACUAUGUAGGUUCCUAUGGCCGAGAUAUCAUCGGUGUCAAUCAAUCCGACUCAAUCACUCUACUGUUGGUCAUGAACGGAGUUGGUAUCGUCACUCGUUUGCUGUCAGCCUUCGCCGCAGAUCAUUGGUUUGGUUGCAUGAAUCUGCUGAUACCAUAUGCCGCCGGAUGUGGAUUAUGUCUCUACGGCUGGUCCGGUGCUCACUCGCGCGGAGGAUUGUUUGCAUUUGCAGUUGUAUACGGUAUGGUGGCAUCAGGAAUGCAGGGCCUCUUCCCUGCAACUUUGUCGAGCCUGACAACCGACCUGAAACGCACAGGUGUGCGGAUGGGUAUGGUUUUCUCAGUCAUUAGUUUUGCGUGCUUAACAGGAGCUCCCAUCGGAGGGGCGCUGGUUCAGCGUGGUAAUGGCCAUUACCUUUACGCCCAGAUGUUUGCUGGCUCAAUGUUAGUAUGUGGGUCGUUGAUCUUGCUCGCGGCCAGGACCGCCAAGAUCGGCCUCAAACUUGCGAGAUUUUGAACUGGUGCCCUGCUUUGACCACGGAAAAUCUGGUUUGUGUUUGACCUGUUUGGUAUUGCAUCGUUUCCGGCGCAUGGCAUAAUUGUUUUUAUUCUCUUCUUUGCAUUUGAAGGCCAUUUGUAGUGGCGUAAUCGUCUUCUCUUUCAGCCUGUCCAAUCGUUGCCGCCAAUAUGCACAACGCAUUGCGCUCGCGGUUUAUGGAAUCAGGAAUGGUUGUAAAAGCAAACUCGCUUCAUGUCUCGCUCUAAUCGAUCAAACCCUCUGCUUUUGAAGGAGCAUUAAUGGCGCUGAAAGGGGUUUGAGGCAAUUUUGGUUGUCAUAAUUCUUGUCACUGUUAAAUAUGAAGCGAGGUGAAUG